GGGGACGGGCAGCUGCUGAGCCGGGAAACGUGGCUAGAGGCAGCGGCCUGAGGAGAAGCCGGGCUGCGUAGAAGGGCAGGACGAAACGGGACACCAGUGUGCAAGAAUCCAUCGCUGGUGCUGGACCAUCCUGGGGGAAUGGGAGGAGCCCCUUUGGAGGACAAUAAACUCUGGAAUGAGGGUGUGGGCUGCUGCUCCUCGCUCCCCCCCUCAUUCCACAUGCAUGAUGAUACCACAUCCCUCCAUCUCGCCGGUUUCUUUUUCUUUUUUUUUUUUUUUAAUUUUCUCUUUUUUUUCCCUCUUUUCCCAGAAAUUGUAUUUUGAAGACAACCAAAAGGAGAACGUGUUCUGGGUGUGGCUGCAUGCGAUUUACCCAAUAGCCAAAGUGGGGGGGCGCCGAAGGGGAAGAACAGAGCGUCUGCUGCUGAAGGGAGUGGAAGCUGAGGGCUGCAGGAUGAAGACCUCUGGAACCUGUAUACUGUUUUGUGUCUUAACACUCUUCUUGUCCCCAGCUGACUGGUUUCCAUGGAUGGUCAAUGGGCAAGAACCAGAAAGUGUAACUGGUGAAGUUACCCCUGACAGCAGCUCUGGUGCAGCUGUCACACCACCUGUGCUUCUUCCUCCUGUUCAGUCUGACAGCGAAACAUCAACGGCUUCAUCAGACUGUCGUGAAGAAAAGUUCCCUUGCACACGCCUGUACUCUGUUCACAAGCCAGUCAAGCAGUGUAUCAGCUACCUCUGUGUUACAAGUGUGCGUCGCAUGUACAUAAUAAACAAGGAGGUGUGCACUCGCAUUGUCUGCAAGGAGAAUGAGGUCAUGCAAGAUGAGAUCUGUCGCCAGCUGGCUGGCCUUCCUCCUCGACGUCUCCGCCGAUCCGGGCAGCCCCUGCCUCUACCUUGCAGGCAGCUCCUGGAGCAGCAGCGUGGGCCUGAUGCUCUGUGA